AUGUCUAGCGGGGAAGCUCCACCAUAUCCACCGCCACCCCCGUAUCCGACAACGCCCUUCUUCUUCCUUUUCGUCAUGACUCUUCGUCAAUUAUUUUCUUCUCUCCAUCAUUUUCUCGUGCUAAUUCUUCGUCUUUUUCCUUCUUUCUUUUCCAACUUAGGCUUUUUUUUUAAUACUAUAUAUCAUUCAACCAUCAAUUCUUCUUCUUCUUCGUCUUCUUCUUCUUCUUCUUUAUCCAUCUGUCUUUCUCCGUCUUCAUUUUUCACACUUAAUUUUCAUUCAUUCAUUCUUCUUCUUCUUCUUCUUCUUCUUCUUCUUCUUUAUCCAUCGGUCUUUCUCUGUCUUCAUUUUUCACACUUAAUUUUCUUUCAUUCAUUCAUUCAUUCAUUCAUUCUUCUUCUUUAUUCAUCGGUCUUUCUCCUUUAUCACCGACUUUUUCCACACUUAAUUUUCAUUCAUUUCUUCUUCUUCUUCUUCUUCUUCUUCUUCUUCUUCUUCUUCUUCUUCUUCUUCUUCUUCUCUGACAUUUUCUAUCACCGACAUUUUCAACACUUAAUUUUCAUUCAUUUCUUCUUCUUCUUCUUCUUCUUCUUCUUCUUCUUCUUCUUCUUCUUCUCUGUACCACAGUCUAUCACCGACAUUUUCCACACUUAUUCAUUCAUUCAUUCUCCUUCUUUUCCGUAUAUUUUAAUUUACCCAUUUUCUCUCAGUCUAUCAACACGUUUUUCACAAUUAAUUAUCAUUCAUUCAUUCAUUCUUCUUCUUCUUCUUCUUCUUCUUCUUCUUCUUCUUCUUCUUCUUCUUCUUCUUUAUAACCCAGUACUUCUUCUUCUACUUCUUUAUCCAUCAGUCUAUCGACGCCUUUUUUCACACUUAAUUUUCAUUCAUUCUUCUAUUUUUCUUUACACAUUUUCCCUCAUUGUAUCUCUGCUUUCUUUUUCACAUUUAAUUUUCAUUAAUUCGUUCUUCUUCGUCGUCGUUGUUUUCUUCUUUGUCUCCUUCUUCUUUAUCUUUCAUUCUAUCCUAGUCUUUGCACACACUUGA